CAUCAUCUCCGAUUCCGCCUACACGUGCUGCUGCUGCUGUGCACGGCCACCAUGGAAGCAGAGAAUAUGGUUCACAAAAAGUCGCAAAAGAAGAAAAAGAACAAGAAACAUCCCGCAGUUAAGUUAACAGAAUAUCAGGCAUGUGAGGAAAUAACCAUCCACCAGAAGAAACAAAAGAAAAAGAAGAAAGUGAAAGUUAGGCCUAAUGAAAAUGAUAGCAGGCCAGCUGAGGUUCAUGGUGAUGAGCAAGGAAAAAAGAUCAAGAGAAAAAGAAAACAUGUGCCAUCAGUGGGAGGUGAAUUCGAGGACAGUUGUCAGGGAAGAGCGGUGACGAACAAGAGAAAGAAAAGAAGAAUCGAGGAGAUGCAUAAGAUGGAGAAUGCUGAUGGGAACAUAGAUACAGAGAUGACUCUCACACCAACACAAAUAAAUGGUAAGGCAGUCAACCAGACCUCUGUGAAAAGUAAGUCUGAAAAGCUCAAGAAGCGUGCACAGCCUCGCGUGUCAUCCGCUACAGAUGCACAGCCCCACCCCAACAAAGCGGUGAGCAAAAAAAUUGCGCCCAACAUUGACAAAGGCAUUCUGCAGGAGAUCAAGGAGUAUCUACCAUCAAAGAAGCUCACUGAUUUGACUGUGCUGCGGGAAGCCAUCAUGUACGACCUUCCCCGUUUCAGAGAGUUUAAGGAGCAAGGUAUCCCUGUACGAACAAGGAGAUUUACUGUAGCUGAGAACAAUCGUCUGAAACAGAAUGUGAAAGACUUCCUGGCACUCUCAGGGAUAGAGAGUGUGACAAAGCUCUUUCUGCCUAAACGUUUCCCAGAUGGGAAGGAAAUCAUCAAGAUGAAAAGGAAGUUGGGAUUCAUCUCAUGCUUAUGUGCAGGUAUACCGCGCUCCUGGGAUAGCAUACUCUGCAAAGCCAGGGAUCUCCUCAACCCGGGGAAUUACUUGGGAAGGUUCACAGAAAAGGAGAACAGGGAUUUGAUAAACCUGCAUAAACUGUAUGGGCGUAAAUGGGGGAUCAUCUCAGAGCAGAUUGGCCGCAGUCACUCAGCACUGAAGAAACGUUUUGGCAUGAUAUGUGAGGGUCAUGGGCCAUGGACAGAGGAAGAGUCAAGGAGCUUACUGAGGAGUGUGCGGCAGCACCUGCUGAAGCUGGCAAAACCUGGUGAGGAUGGCAGCAUUGGAUCUGGGGUCGUCAGGAAAGUGGACUUGUACAAGAGGCUCCCCUGGGCAGCUGUGAGUCAGCAGGUUCGGACUCGUAGUUGGAUCCUUUGCAGGGAGAAAUGGAUGGGCUACCUAAAAAUGAAAAUGACAACUGGCGUAGUAAUCACAAGCAGAAAGAGUCUUGAGAGUGAAAUCCAGCUGAUCAAAGCGAUCAAUGAAAUGAAUGUGGAAGAUACAGCAGAAAUUGUUUGGGACGAACUCACUCAUCUGUUUGGGAACACAACACCACAAUAUUUACAGAUGAGGUUCUACCGGCUGAAAGUGUCCCAUGUACCAGGAUGGAACAGAAUGACUGACUUCGGUGAGAUCAUUGACUACUUGUAUGAGAAGACGCUUCCAAAUCUGCAGGAGAAGUUGAGGAACUGCAAGGAGGAUGAGGAGCCUACAGAGGAGCGUGACUCGUACAAACUGUCUGAAAUCUUCCCCGACCUUCCUUGAACAUCAUCAAUGUCUCCAAGAGGAGAGCCAAAGCCUCAAGAAUGGAUGGGUUACUGUCU